AUGAAAAUAAAAGCACUUAGUCGGGCGUCCAUUCAAGCCCCGGGGUCUGAAGCCAAACAGCCCCGCAACCUUGAUCCAGCAUUACAUCCAUUUGAAAGAGCUCGAGAAUAUACCCGUGCCCUCAAUGCCACCAAAAUGGAGAGGAUGUUCGCCGCUCCUUUUAUCGCGCAGUUAGGUAAAGGACAUGUCGACGGAGUCUACACAAUGGCAAAGGAUCCUAAUUCUCUCGAACGAUUUGCAAGUGGCAGUGGUGAUGGUGUCGUGAAAGUAUGGGAUCUAACGUCUCGGGAUGAGGUUUGGCAAACUAGUGCGCAUGAGAAUAUCAUCAAAGGCAUGAGCUGGACAAGGGAUCAAAAACUUCUAACUUGCGCAAGUGAUCGAUCCAUCAAACUUUUCGAUCCUUACAAUACAACUACGGGAUCGGCGCCAGUGGCAACAUGGCUAGGCAGCAAUGCAUUCACAAGUUUGUCGCAUCACCGUUCGAAAAGCGCAUUUGCAGCAUCAUCCGGGGUCAUCUCGAUAUACGAUCUCGAAAGACAGAAUGCGCCGCCCGAUGUUCUAAAAUGGCCAAAUUCAACGGAUACUAUUACCACGGUAGCUUUUAAUCAGGUUGAAACUUCAAUACUUGCUUCCACUGCUACGGAUAGGUCGAUUGUUUUAUAUGAUCUCCGAACAGGACUUCCCAUUCACAAGACGCUUCUCAAUUUUGCUUCGAAUGCUAUAUCUUGGAAUCCUAUGGAAGCAUUUAAUUUUGCGGUAGCCAACGAAGAUCAUAACGUUUAUAUUUUCGACAUGAGGAAGAUGGAAAGAGCCUUAAACGUACUGAAGGGACAUGUUGCCGCUUGUAUGGAUGUAGAGUUCAGUCCGACCGGUGAAGAGCUCGUCACAGCUUCGUACGACAGGACGGUUAGGUUAUGGAGCAGGACCAAGGGACACUCGAGAGAUAUUUACCACGCUAAGCGCAUGCAAAGAGUCUUUUCAGCAAAAUGGACACCUGAUUCGAAAUUCAUUCUUUCGGGUUCCGAUGAUGGUAAUAUUCGCCUAUGGAGGGCUAAUGCUUCAAAGAGAGAAGGAAUUAAGUCCGCCAAACAGCGAACUGCUUUGGAAUACAACGAAGCAUUGUCGGAGCGGUAUGCUCAUAUGCCUGAAAUCAGACGAAUCAAACGUCAUAGACACGUUCCCAAAGUUAUUAAAAAGGCUGGAGAGAUCAAAUCGGAGGAACUCAAGGCCAUCAAACGCAGACAAGAGAAUGAACGAAAACAUACCAAGAAACAAUUCUCGAAGAGGCGCGCAGAGAGAGAAAAGAUGGUUCUGGCAAAUGAACAGUAA